AAGCGACCUGGUCCUGGGUGAUGAGAAGAAAUGUAAAGGCUGCGAGCGAAGAUUAAAAUAUUCUCGAUUAUUUUGCUAAAUGGUCAUUAUUUAGUGACUCAAAUAGUAGUGGCGAUUUAUCUUUAUUUCAACAUUUAUUAAAAUAUCGGACAAUGGCGGAAGAAGCAGAACAAGCGCCGGCAAUUAAUGUUAAAGAACCUUUGGAUUUAAUAAGACUGAGCCUAGACGAGCGAAUUUACGUGAAAAUGAGGAACGAGAGGGAACUUCGAGGACGGUUACACGCCUACGAUCAGCAUUUAAACAUGGUCCUAGGAGAAGUUGAAGAAACCGUAACAACUGUAGAAAUCGAUGAAGAAACCUACGAAGAAGUCUAUCGCACAACAAAAAGAAACAUUCCAAUGCUCUUUGUUCGAGGUGAUGGUGUUAUUCUCGUUUCUCCACCUAGUAUGCGACCCACGGUUUAAGAUUUUUCUACCCAUGUUUCGUAUAAGGUCGGUUUUUCUAUGCAAAUUUAGUUUCGCUUCAUAAAAAAUUUAUUUUCUACGCAUUUAAGUUUAUUUAAAUUUAGCAACAAAAAAAAAGUUUAUUUGUAAAUGAAGGAAACUGUUUGUUUAAAAGAUUCAGUUUAUCAAAUCUUGAAUCAUCAGAUGAUUCUAGAGAAUCAUCAAUAAUAAUCUACGUACUGACGAUUGUACAAAAAAAAACAUAGAAUAAAAUUAACAAACUUACAAGUA